UAUACAAAACUAUUUACAAUAGUCCUCUAAAAAAAUAAGUCCAUGCACUUUUAUCAAUGUCACACCAUGUCAUUAUUAAUAUAGACUGGUCUGGGCUCGUGGGAUUGGCGCAAUCAUUAAAUAUCCUAAAAUCUUCAAUGGUACCGUCCUAAUAACAGAACUAAUUACAAUUACAAUGGCAUCUAUUUUGUUAUCCGAGGGCAGUGACUGUGCGGCUUCAGUCGGUGCUGGCGAGGGAAAACCAUGGUCCUAUAUUCUGCCUGCACGAGGGAGGAGUUCCCGUCGUCGGUCGCGCUCGUCGCCAGUUCGAUGUGCAGUGUCGUCGGCGCCCCGCGCACGCAGUCCAUCUGCGUCGUCUCGACGCCACUCCCCUGCGAUCAACUGCUCGUAUCCGUUGCAACCUGAAUGCAGCUGCAAUCAAAUAUCGGAUUGGUCGCAUGUCACUGCCUACUUCUCGGAGAAGCCGCCGAAGGGCCCUCUGCGGCUUGUACCCAUUAUGGCCAGUCCGGUACCUGUGAUGUCCUCAAGACAUGAAUCGCCACACCGACAAUCGGAUCUUGCGAUUUUUCCGAUGAAUUUCCCUGAAGACAAUGAGCUCUCAAUACUUGAUCCACCGAAAAUAAAGCAACACGUAGAAACGAAGAGAAAAUCAAGCGGUCACCAUCGGCGACGUGUUGUACGUCGCUUGCUGCACGACCUGGUGACCAGCUUGCCACUGUCUGCCACCGUGUCUCCGUGUCCUGUCACCUGUCAAGAGACAAAUAUGUCAUCCACAUGCCUAACAGCAGCGAAAGUAUCCCAAGCUGUGGCCGCCGCUUCUGUAUCUCUGAUGCCCACUCCACGAACUUCAGCUGAUUGCAAGCACGUGGCAGUGCAGGCGUCUGGACGCAUAAAAUGUGCAGAGAAGUACCAAGAUGAUGGCUAUAUAAUAAGUGGGUCCAAACGGUUGUCUACGAAGGACGAGUGGGUAGGCGGGGUGCGAGCGUUACGCGACUCUCACGUACGACUGGUGCUGCGGCAGCUCCGCCACAUCAAGCGGUUGAACCGCGCGCUCGACCGGGCCGCGCCGCCGUUUCCAGUUCGCACCGUGAAGCAGUGAUCGAACUCUUGCAGCAUAAAUGUGGCUGUGACAACCCUAACAUUUGUUUCAAUAU